AUGACUCAACUUCAUAUUCAGUACUUUGGUAACUUCCUUCACUACCCUCCAAAAAUCACUGAAUCAGUGCUCAUUGAACACAUCCACAUCCAUUAUACCUUUCCUCAUAUGCUCAGCCAGUUGAACAAGCUUGGAUGCCAUACUGACAUCAUCCUGAUGAUAAGGGAUACAUCCAGUGAAGAAUUGAAGGGAAAGACUGGGAGUGGCUACUGGAUCAGUAUAUCAUUUGUUGAGAAAGAAGUCAAAGACCCAUACUCUGAUGAUGAAUCUGACUCAGAGUCUCAAUAUUCUGACUUCUCUAAUGAAGUUAUUGCUUUGAAUGGGCAGUCAUAUUGCUGGGUCAACAAGCUACUAGAUGAGAGGGGGAAAGCUAGGAAAGGUUUAGGGCAGACCAAGCAGGGGAUGCCUGCAAUGGUUGUUACUGCAUGGGACUGGUACUGCAUGGGCAUCAAUGAGAACAUUACAUGA